CCAUUCUCAAAUCGUGUGCAAAAAGGUCGUUGUGCCGCUCAAAUCGUGUAAGAAGGCCUUGAACCAUCGACCUCAUCUGUCGCUUCUGCGUCUUCUUCGCCACAGGCCUCUGCACUGCUGAUGCUCUUUCUUCGCCACCAGCAUUGCCGUUUGUGAUCGACUGAUAGUUAAGUAGCAGCAACCACAACCAGAAUCAAAAUGUGUGAAUACGAAAUACCUUUUCAUAUUCAAGAGGAAAUUAUGAAAAGGCUUCCGGUGAAAUCACUGAUUCAGUUCAGAAGCGUCUCAAAAGCAUGGAAGUCUUUGAUCGACAGCUCCGAGUUUAUUGCUGCUCACAGCCUCAGGUGCCACACUCAUCCACAGCAUCUGCUUGUAUCGUAUGAAGAUCCAGAAGAAGGGAUAAAGUAUGUUUCUUAUAUCGAUGGUGACACUUUCCGCCAACAGAGGUCUCUUCUGACGGUUCCUGUAUCAAUUAAAGGACUUAAGAAACCGGUAGUAGUUGGUAGCUCUCACGGCUUACUGUGCUUGUAUGGCUCUGAUCCCGAACUUACAACUAAGAUGGUUGCUCUUUGGAAUCCUUCUAUUAGAAAAUCGAUUGUUGUUGCUGUGCCUGACCAACUAUCUGUUGGCAAAAGCAAUCCAUCUGUUGGUUUUGGGGUUUGUAGUGUCACUAGUGACCCUAAGAUUGUUUUGAUUACACAAUCUUGGGAUGACCCAAAUAUCGAAACCAGUUACCGUUUCAAAGUUUUGGUUUACAAUUUGAGCUCAGGGAAAUGGAGAAAUUUAUCCACCGAUCUGCCCGCUAAACCGGUUCGAGAUUGGAGUCCGGUGGUAGUUACUGAUCGGUUUAUCUAUUCGCAUUCUGCAGGGUCAAGCACUCAUAAUAUGAUUAUGUCAUUUGAUGUGACUAAUGAGACUUUUGAAUCCAUAGAUCUUCUGGAUACCUUAGCUCACCAUCAUCCUGUGAACUUUUUUAUUUCUAAGGUACGGGAUUCUCUUGCUAUGUUUAAAUACAGUGGAGAGAUCUAUCCUGGGGGAGACAUUUGUACUGUAUGGAUGAUGGAGCAUGGUAUUCAAAAGUUGUUUACAAAGUUGUUUGACAUAAAGACACCGCAUGACUUUAUAGUGGGAUUUAGGAAAAAUGGCAUACCUAUAAUUCAAGUGACGUAUGAUGACGAUGAUGAUGAUGAACCACCUAGACUUGUUGUUUAUGAGCCCAAUUCUAAACACAACAAUUUUCUUGAGAUUUCUGUAUAUCCUUUUUCCUUCAAUGUGAAUUCCUACAUGGAAACGCUGCUUUUGCUGUAAUAGUUAUCGACAUAAACAACAUACUUACAAUUUUUACAAAUCAUAGCAAUAUGUAUCUCAUAAUAGCAAAGUAUUUGCAUUUUCUCUA